UUGUGGGGAACUGAGGAAACCUCCGCCAAAAUUCUCUCUCUCUCUCUCUCUAACUCUCUUUCUCUCUCUAGGAGCUUAUUAGGCGGAGAAGCCUGGGAAACAGAAGACGAGUUUGGACCGAGCAAUCCGGAGUCUCUCGCCAACCGCAUGUUAGUCUCUCCAAAUUAAGCUCCUUCUUCUUUCCUUCUUUGAUCUCCAAACCAUUCUCUUUCUCUCUCUAAAUCGCGCGCGAACACGCGUAUACGCCGAAUUCUACUUCUCUCUCUCUUCUGAAAAUUUUGCGAUUUUGGUUAUCUCUGGUCGCGUUUUGGAUUGGUUGAUGAGGUUUUUGGUAGAUUGUUGAUCCGGUGGGCUUUUUUACCAUGACUGCCUCUGCCGGUUUUAAUCAGUUGAUCUCCGUUGACCCUGACGAGCUCAAGUUCCAAUUUGAGGUGGACAAGCAAAGCUAUUGUGAUCUUAAAGUUGUCAACAACACAGAACACUAUGUUGCUUUUAAGGUGAAAACCACAUCACCUAAGAAGUAUUUCGUACGGCCAAAUACUGGUGUUAUACAGCCAUGGGACUCAUGUGUCAUCAGAGUGACCCUCCAAGCCCAACGAGAAUAUCCUCCAGAUAUGCAGUGCAAGGAUAAAUUUCUCUUGCAGAGUACAAUAGUUUCUCCGAAUACUGAUGUUGAUGAUCUUCCACAAGAUACUUUUAAUAAGGAGAGCGGAAGGGCGUUAGAGGAGUGCAAGCUCAGAGUUGUUUAUACCUCUCCCACCUCAGCUCAAGGAAACUUAGAUGAUGAAUCAUUAAAAAGCUCUACGCGUAGUCCUACUCGCAGUCCUGAUGACAAUUCUAAUCAAGCUGUACAGCGGCUGAAGGAUGAAAGAGAUUUAGCUGUUAGACAGACGCAGCAACUUCAGCAAGAACUGGACAUGCUUAGGAGGCGAAGAUAUCGUAAAGGUGACCCGGGAUUUUCCUUUGCCUUUGCAGUGCUUGUGGGACUAAUUGGACUCAUGGUUGGCUUCCUUAUGAACCUUUUAUCGUCUUCACCAACUACAUAAAGAAAUGUUACCAUGUCUUCCGCACACAUAUCUUCUUGUUCGAUUUAUUGUAUAAACUUUCUUGCGUUUCCGUUGGAUGGAAAGUUUGCCCGGUUACCUUUUUGAGUUCUUUGUAUAUUGAUAAUCCUUAUUCAUCUGUUGGUUUAUAAAUUAUGUCUCU